AUGUUCAAAGAUUAUUGGAAUCAAAACCAUCCACAUAAAUUAAUACCAACUUUAUCAACUAAUGAUUCACAAUGUAUAGGUGAAACAUGUCUGAAUGAAUUUCUUCUCAAAUUAAAUCUGAUCGACAAUCAACAACAACCAAUUACUUUAUCAAAUAUAUCAAUAACAAAUGAUACAGUUCAACAACAAGCAAUACAUCCAACGUAUGAAGCAAUAUCAUCCGAUAAUGAUCAACUCAAUAAAUAA